AUGAGCUCCAACAUCCAACAACUUCAAGCGCACAACAAAAUAAUUGAGAAUCAACUAGCUCAAAUUGCACAACAAGUUGGGAGUUCUACCUCCAAUGCUAGUGGUCAAUUUCCAAUCUCAACGGUUGUGAACCCGAAGGAGCAUGUCAAGGCUAUCACAUUGAGGUCCGGGAGAGGGUAUGAAGGUCCGGUAAUGAGUGAAGAUGUGCCACAAAAGAGAGAUGAGGGUGUGGAGGUGAGAAAUCUCUUGUCCAACAAAAGUAGGCUUGAAGAGAGUGCAACCAUCUCCCUUCCAAUGGAGGUGAGCGCAAUCAUUCAAAACAACCUUCCCCGAAAGCUUGGUGACCCGGGUAGCUAUGCAAAUCCGGUGAAGAUUGGAGAUAUGGAAGCCAUGGAUGCUCUUUGUGAUCUUGGGGCAAGUGUAAGCUUGAUGCCCUUCUCAAUUGCGAAAAAUUUAAAAAGUUGGUGA